CACUCGUCCACUCCUCCUCCACGUCAAGCGAAGCCACUCCUGAUCGCCGAUCGCUCGCCAACUCACGCGGACCGCCCCUCGAGCUGCAACGACCGGCCUCCCUUGCUCCGGCUCCCACCGAGCCUCGAUCGAUCGCCGCAGCAGUCGCCAAUGGCUGAUGCAGUGGAGAGCCGCGGCGGGCGGGCGCGCCUGGUCUCGGACCUGGGCCGCGUGCAGGACCUGGUGCGCCAGCUCGAGCUGCAGCUGCGCGCGCCCGGGGACGCAGCCUCCGUCGACCUCUGCCGCCGCCUCGUCCACCAGAUCGUCGCGCUCACCGACAGCUCCAUCGGCAUGCUCCGCUCGUCCCCGGACCUCGCCUCGCCGCUGCCCGCCACCGGGACCGGGAGCCCGAUCAGCAGCGACGCCGCCUCCGACCACCCCUUCCGCGCCGCCGCCAGCGCCAGCGCCAGCCCCAAGAAGCGCAAGGCCACGGCGCGCUGGACCAGCCAGCAGGCGCGCGUCAGCGCCGCGGGCGGCAGCGGCGCCGAGGGCCCCGUCGACGACGGCUACAGCUGGCGCAAGUACGGCCAGAAGGACAUCCUCGGCGCCAAGCACCCGCGGGCCUACUACCGCUGCACGCACCGCAACUCGCAGAACUGCCCGGCCACCAAGCAGGUGCAGCGCACCGACGACCACCCGGCGCUCUUCGACGUCGUCUACCACGGCGAGCACACCUGCAGGCCCGCCGCCGCCGCCGCCGGCGGCGGCUCCAAGAGGGCGGCACAGCAGCACAACCCGCACGCGCAGGCCGCGCUGCAGGGCCUCGCCGCGCGCCUCACGGUGGCCACCGCCACGGACGCCGCCGCGCUCCCGCCCAUGACGCCCGAGAGCUGCCCCGUGCGGGGCGCCUCAUCCCCGUGGUCGCUCGCGUCGUCUGUCGCCUCCGACUCCAACGGCUGCAUGCACCAGGACGUCUCGCCGUGCCCGGUACCCGGGUACAGGGAAUGGACCUCGGACGGCGACCUCCAGGAGGUGGUGUCAUCUGCGUUCGCCGCCGUCUCGUCGGUUGCGCCCCUGCCGGUGCUCGACGACGAAUUCAUGCCUCUCGAGUGCUUUGGAUUCGACCAUACCUUCGACAUUGACACCGCAAUGCCAAGCCUCUACUAUCCAUGAGGAGAAGAGCGUCCAAUACAAGUCGACAUUAUUGACACCGCAGUGCCAAGCCUCUGCUAUCCAUUAGGAGAAGAGCAUCAAAUACACGUCUGAUCGGAUCGGCAGCAGCCCUGUCGUCGUCUCCAUGACAGGAGGGAGGAGCAGAGGAGCCUCUUCCUAAGAACUGUGCAGUAGCAGAAGCCAACAGGGCUUUUAGAACAUCUUAAUGAAUAGCUUGUUUCAUUACCUUUUGUUUCCUUCUUUCUUUACUUUUUUUGUGUCAGUUCUCAACUUGCUUGAUCGGGUUUUGUUGAUUUCAGUCAGCAAGAUAAAUGUUAAAUUUUACUACUUACGG